AUGAGGGAGUUUGUCCCAAAAUACUUUGAAAAAUUCAAAAUAGAAGAAGAUUAUGAGAACAAGAGAGACUGUUUUAACAACUUUAACCUAUUCUAUUUUUGGCAUAUUAACAACACGGGAAACAAGGAUUAUGUAAAGCUCCUCAGCCAAAUCCGAGUAGAGCUUUAUAGAACAAAAGAAAGCCGUCUCUCCAGCCCACGGGUUGUUUCCCUUAAGAAUUCUGAAGACCUGCUGCAAACAACAGCGGCGCUAGAACUUUUGGAAGUGAGGCCACACAACUGUUCCAACACGCGAGCCGUUCAACAAGCUGCUGUCAUCUCCCUGUGUGCUUCUGAUUGCCGAUCCGUGGGGUUACGGGAGUGCAACCACGUAACGUUCUUUACCUUCAUAAAGGAGGGAAACAAAGAAAGGAGCCUCUCCGACUGCGGUCUCCACAGCACCAGGCAGCCCCCGGCCCUAUCCCCUCCCCACGUGCUAUCGCGACACCCCGACAGCGCUGGCAGCACUGGGGUCAUAAUAAGCAGCAGCAGCAGCGCUCGGUCCGACGCCGCCGCCCGUGAGCCCGGAGUGGGGCCGGCAAAGGGGCGGGGCGGCCGCGGCCACCCUACAUGGCCCGGCCCGGCCCGGCCCCGGCGCUCCGGCCCGCGGGGAUCGGGGGGCGGGAGGGGCGGAGGGGACCCGGCGGAGCCGCACACCGAGCCACCCGCGGCCCGCCCCGGCCGGAGCUGUCAGCGGCGGCGAGGAGCCGCCCCGGGCGCUCGAGCCCCCGCCGGGCCGCCAUUUGUUUACGGCCCGGCUGCCGGGCAGCGGGGCGCGGCCCCGGGGGGGCGCAGGCCCCGGCUCGCCCCGCCGGACAGCAGCAGCAGCAGCAGCGGCGGCUCACCCGUCCCCGUCGCUCGGCAGGCAGGCAGGAGGGCGCGGGAGCCUGCGCUGCGCCUCGCCCUUUUCCCCUGCGGGGCUCUGGCCGCCGCCGCCGCCGCACUCUGUUCCCGUCGCUCCGCCUCUGCCGGCCCGGCUCGCUCUGCCCGCACCGCCGCGGGGCUCCCGGCGCGGCCCCGCUCCGGCCGCGCCCCCGCCGGCCGCGCGCGCGCGCGGCACAGCCAAGGCCAGCGGGUGCGCGGGGCGGGGCGGGGCCGGCGGGGGCGGGGCCGGGAUGGGACUGGGCCGGAGUGCCCGGAUGGCGCGUGUGGCCUCCGUGGCCCCUGCGCGUGCGCGGUAGCGGCAGCCGCCGCCGGGCUGUGGGGGUGCGUGGGCUUCGAGGGGGAGCGGUGGCUUCGGGGCUCCCUGGCGUGCCCUGUCCUUCCGGUCCGGGAGCCAGCGUGCCCUGCCCCUGGGGUUACCGCCUUUGCAGCUUUCCUGGGCCUCGGGGCUGCCGCUGCGGGCGGUGGUGUGGGCGGAGGGCUCAGCCAGCGCAGCUGCCGCGUCGGGUCCGAACGGACCCUGUCGGCUCGCCGGGCGCACCGGUGGGCGCUGGGGCACUGUGACGACCCACCCUUGAAGGGAAGGGAAGCACCUAAGAUUCCUAAAUGCGCGUUGGUCGAGACGAACGACAAAAGUCAGAGGGUCCGCAAUCAAUCAGGAAGUUUUAUUAGUAAAUUAAGGAACAUAAUAAAUGUAGACAUAUUUUGUGGCCGCAGAAGAUACAGCUUGGGGAGAUUAGUUUGUUAAUUCACAAGAAAAGGUAUUCUUCCUUUAAAUUUCCAGGAAAACCUUGUUUUCUGCACCUAGUUUCUGAAGACCUUCUUUCCCUGCCAUCUGUGUAGAUUUCUGUUUGAGAGAGGUUGUACAUGUUUAAGAUCAAGCAAAAUAGAUCCUCUGAAUCUCUCAGCACCUAACCCGAGUUUGCUGGGGAGUAAGUAAAAGAUGUGACUGUUGCACGUUUGAACAUUUAGCAUCUUAGAAAAUUCUUACCUUUUCUUACAAACAAGAGAGCAUGAAGGACAUAAGCCAUCAUUUUCACAUUAGGUACGUAAGACAAAGCAUAAGAUGACCUUAAUAUUGAGGCAUCAUUGCCAGCACUUCCUAUAAUAAGCACUCUCAGGUUUGCCCCACCCUUAUACUACAGCCUUGAUCUUCCUUGAUCCUGAGGACAGGCCCUUUUUAUCCUUCACAGGUUUGAUUAUAGGAUCAGGAUAUAAUAAUCGAGCCAAGUGAGUUCCAGAAGAUGGUAGGGAUUGGCACCAUGACUCAGAGAAGCCAAGCAAAAUCAUUUCAUCUGCUCAGCAGGCAAUUAUAUAAAUUACUGGGCAGAAUCUGUGUAGACAGUCAUGGUUUUUGCAACUGGCUUGUACUGGCAGUGUCUGCUGUGGGGCAGGUGGAGUUUACUGUGCUGCUUAUUCUCACCACAGUGGAGUACACUCGCUGGCUGGUUGAGAUCACUCUGCUGGAGAGGUAUUAAUUACACAGGGUGUUGCAGUGCUUCUGUCACUGACUAUGUUCCAGAAUUGAGCUUCUAUGACUGAAGCUGGGCUUUUUAUUGCUUCUUUUGAGUGAGAAGAAUGAAUUUCUGUGGCUUGGACUUCCUUUCUCAUACCUCAGCUGAGACUUCUCUGAUCAUGCAGUCAUUCAGGGAACAAUCUGCUGCUUCUCUAAUGCUUUAGUGCAUAUACUUGUUUAUGGUCCCACAGCUAUUCCCUGGUGUCCCACCAGACAAUCAUCAUCAUUCCCAUGAACUGCUAUUUAAGGUAAUCAGGCAAGUUGUAAUCACACAAUUUGGCUUAGUACCAUUGACCUACAAGCCAGAAGGUCUUUGAGGAUUCAGUGGAUGAACAACUGGAGAGGUUAUUUUCUGCUAGCUUAAAUCCAAAAUGACUGAAACUUCAUUCUGGCUAUUCAUAAAUGGAAAAUGAGUAUCCAUUUCUGGUCCAGUGUUGUUCCGUCCAUGACACUAUCACUGAAGUCAACAGAAGAGUGAAGUGUAUAUUGAUUCUUGAGGCGGUAUAACUGGUGUCUUUCCCCUUAUUUGAAGUAAAGCCUGUACCAAAUACCAAGGCAGUUGCUGAGGUGUGCAAACAAUCUCCUGUAAGCCAGUAACUGUGAAAUAAAACACAUUUAUUUCUAAGGUUGUGGAAAGUGCAAUUUGUUUGCUGUCAGUGAAUGUGAAUUAUUUAAGCACUUUCUAGUUUCAAAUUCUAGCAAUCACAGUCUUUUUUCACCGAUGGGUAUUUUUGUCUGGAAAUUCUUUCUACGUGGAGACAUAGAGGGGGAAAAUAAUUACUAAUGUUUCCAAAAUGCGUUUGCAAGUAGAUUGACUAAUGCGUGAGUGUUCGUAUUUAGCAGUGUGUAAAAAUAAACAGCUGAGAUCUGCCCACAAAGCCACAUAUGCAAUUUGCACUGCAGGAUGUUUCCAAACAACAGAGACCUCAAAAAAAGUUUUUUGCAACUCUUAAGUUUGUUUUCAACCUAGGACCAUCAAGAGAUC